AAGUGAUAAAUUUCAGAGUGAAAAUGUCUCUCACUCCGGCCUCCAGGCCGAAGAUCGUCAAGAAGAGGACCAAGAGGUUCAUUCGUCAUCAGAGUGAUCGGUAUGACAAACUGAAGCAAAACUGGAGACGUCCCAAGGGUAUUGACAACAGAGUCAGACGUAAGUUCCGUGGUAUGUACAAGCUGCCAGGAAUUGGAUAUGGUUCAGCCAAGUCCACCAGGCAUAUGCUGCCCACUGGAUUCCGUAAGGUUCUUGUUCACAACCUGAAGGAGCUCGAGGUUCUGAUGAUGCAGAACAAGAAGUUUUGUGCUGAGAUUGCCCACGGAGUUUCCUCCAAGAACAGGAAAGCUCUGGUUGAGCGUGCCCAGCAGUUGGCCAUCCGUGUGACCAACCCCAGCGCCAAGAUGAGAAGCGAGGAGAACGAGUAAAUCUAACUAUGUAGGAAACGACGAUUGAUACAUACACCCAUUCAAAACUUGGCCAGUAAAAAAUCUGAUUUUUUCAGA